CCUCCCCUCGGGCGCUCUCGCGCUAACUGUGCUCCUCUGGGCCGGGUCACCCGCUCCCAGCCAUGGUGGCCUGGCGCUCGGCUUUCCUCAUCUGCCUCGCUUUCUCCUUGGCCACUCUGGUCCAGAGAGGAUCCGGGGACUUUGAUUUUACCGUGAAAGAAACUUCCUCAGUAAAGCAGAGAUGGGACCACGUCACCACCACCACCAGGAGACCGGGAGCGACCAGAGCUCCAGCAAAGCCUCCAACUGAAGGUAGUAAAUUUGACUUGGCUGAUGCUUUGGAUGGUCCAGAUCCUGGCCACAGGAAGCCAAGUGCGGGAGGAGGAGAGAGAUGGGACCACAUCACCACCACCACCAGGAGACCGGCAGUGACCAGAGCUCCAGCAAAGCCUGCAGAAAAAGAUUUUGACUUGGCUGAUGCUUUGGAUGAUCCAGAUCCUGGCCAGGGGAAGCCGAGUGCGGGAGGAGGAGGAGGUUUUUCAGACAAGGAUCUCGAAGACAUAGUAGGGGGUGGUGGAUACAAACCUGACAAGGGUAAAGGUGAUGGCCCGUAUGGCAGCGGGGACGACUCAGAAUCUGGAAUGUCGGCAGAGACCGGCACCAUCGCCGGCGUGGCCAGUGCUCUGGCCAUGGCCCUGAUCGGCGCCGUCUCCAGCUACAUCUCCUACCAGCAGAAGAAGUUCUGCUUCAGCAUUCAGCAGGGUCUCAACGCGGACUACGUGAAGGGGGAGAACCUGGAGGCCGUCGUGUGCGAGGAGCCCCAAGUGAAGUACUCGGCGCUGCAGACGCAGUCCGCCGAGCCGCCGCCGCCCGAGCCGCCCCGGAUCUGAGGCUCCGAGGAUGCGAGCCCUGCUCUGCCGGGCGGGGCCGUGGGCGCCCGGGGCCGCCGCUUGGCACCCAGCUCCUUGUUUCGUUUGGACCCGCGGCUGCCGCACUGCCCCUUCGAUGUCACCGGCUUCUCGUCGUUCUCAGUUUUCCGGGCGCUCUGGGCGUCUGUGAGUGUGGCCGCCUGCCCCAGGGCCUCCGGAGAGCCAGGCCCAGGUCGCUGACGCCCUGGAGCCCCCCUGCCCCUGGACCUUAGCCACUGGGGAGGGGGAGAGUGAGCGGAGGGCGGGCCCGAGGAUGCCUCUGCUGCGGGGCAGAAGUUUGAACCCGGGGCCCUGCGAUCCCCUCCGUGCAGCACUGACUCGCCUGGCCCUGGCAGCAACCUGGAAGGGCUGUGGGCAGGGGCCCAGCUGCGAGGAGCACACGGGUGAGCGCCAGGUAAUACCACACACGCACCACAGCCAGCCGUGUUUUUAGUUACGUCCUCCUUUCCAGCUCCAGCCCUUCUGCUGCUGGGCUUCCCAGGAGCUGGUGCAGCUGGUGGCUUUUCAUUUAUUUAAGUGUAAAUGUGCAUGUCACAGUAUCCCUGCCUUGAGAGUUUAAGAAUCUUCUGGAUGUGUAGGAAGCAUGCCUCUCAGGCCUUGAUUCCCAUAUGAUGCCCUGGGACUGGGCGGGGUCUCCGGGCUGACAUGAUUAGUUUUAGGAAUCAUUUAUGCGGUGGCAGUGAGUUUUAUACUGGGGGGGGGGGUUGCUCAUCCCCCCUCCCCGUGUGUUUACUUCGGUAGCAAAAACUACAGACAUCAAGCAUGAGCAUCAGAGCCUGAAGCAUGCCUGUUGUUUGCCUAAAGAUGUAUGUAGUGGGGAGGGGAGGGGAGGGGAAAGGGACGUUGGCUUAGUUUGGGAACUCCCCUGACUUGGUUAGUCUCUGGUUGUCCUACCUGUCUUCCUGUGCAAUGUCAGAAAGCACUUCUGGAAGCAUCGUGUGAGUCAGCAGGAAGGCGGGGUCCUAUUUCUCCAGCUUCAUGUGCUGCAGGACGGCUGUGUGUCAGCUCCUUCACGUCUGCUAGGUUGGGAUGAGGCAGCUCUCACUUCUUAGGGAGACAGUUGACGUCUGAACAGACGCUGCAGCUUAGAUAGCGCGUGCCUCGUGUGUUCGUGUUAUAUGUACAGUGUGCUGUGGGCCGCACGGUGCCCCUACCUGGGGGCUCAUGCCAGGCAGGCCAGAUCCUGUGUGGCCAGGGGUGCGGGGCACUGAGGAAACGCCUCUGCGCGGCCCCUGAGCUCCAGGUAAUGAGCUGGAGGCGUUCCUGAUGAGGUCUGCCUGCAUCCUGCACCGCCCCGCCCUGCCCUCGUGGACCAGGCUCGUCCCUCAAGGCUGUCCAGGGCUGAUGUCCCCAGCCCUGCCUGCCGCUGGGCUGGAGACGUCUCUGGAGGACUUUUGCAUUCAUAGCCUGAUGCCACCUAGAGUGACCUCAGGGCCCAGGGAGGGCCAGUGUCCUGAGUAACAGGAGUUGGGAAGGGGUCAGGGCGCCACUCGGAAACGCAUCGCGUUAGGAGGGCUGCUCACUGACGUUCUCAGGCAUUUUAAAGAAAUAGACAAGGCAGCAUUUGUGUGCGGAAAGAUGCUUUUCUCUCAGCCACAGGGCAGUUUGGACAUUUAUAGAGAAGUCACAGCCAUGGCAGUGACUAGGAAGUGAUGUGGCCCCUGUGACCCUGGGCCUGGCAGGCACAGUGCCGCCGGUGGGCCACCUUAGCUCUGCGGCAAGGCUCGUCUGAUGGUGAAAAGCCUGAAAACCUGUCUGUGAUGUAAACUCAGCACUUGAUGCAAAUCCAUUUUCUCAGUAGCACUGACUUUGGUUAAAAGAGAGCCAUCGUGCUUUUCCUUGUCUAUCCCAGUGCCCUCUGUGGCGAGCCAGGAGCCCAGCACCCAGCCCUGCGCUGGUGAAUGGACAGGCCUUGAAAGUCACUUACCCACCUGUUUGCAGAGCUCACAUCCUGGGGGGGGCGGGGGACUGACACUUGCCAGUGCCCAGGGGCUCUUUUACCUGUGUCCACCUGGAGGGUGUAUUGACUGUCUUAGGCCCAUUCCAGGUGGUAGUGGAGAUAGCGAGUGAGCUAGAGAGGCCAGCUGAAAAUAUCCGAUCGCUAUCAGCUUAACUGGGGGCGGGGGAGCAGUGCGCAGUGUCUACAAUAACAACUCUGGAGCCCCUGGAAGAAGGAGGCAGGGCAGCCUAGCAGACUGGGGCACCCUCCCCAGUGGCACCCAGAGAGCAGCGCCAGGCCCACUGCCUCGGCUGCUUGGGUUGGCGGUUGGUACCAGUUCUGAGGAAGGAGAGAUGGAGACUGAUCUCGGGAUGCUCUGUACUUUUGACGUGCUUGUGUUUAAUUGUGAAUUGUAAACUCUCGUGUUUGCAUUAAACAACAUGGAACCUAA